AUGGAGUGCGACAUCGGCAUGUGUGUUAUUGGUGUUUCCAAAACCACUUAUGACAGCUGCUGCAAUACUCCUCAAGGCCAAGAUGCGUUCAUUAGAAGUCAUAUGCUCGAAAGUCUAAGAUUACUCCGGGUCUUGCACAACAACUACCGCUUCAAGGAUCAAUCACCUCUGCUUAGGAGCGUUUCUGGACUUCUUUCGAAUGCACCAACUGAUUCGAAUUACUUCAAGCUACUGAUAAACUAUAUAAGAGAUGAACGAUUCCCGCCAGUUUCCUCCAGUACUUAUAUCAUUUUGAUAUGUUUUGCUGUUUUACAUGUCAUCAUUUUGGUUAGUUGCUUUGUGACCUUCAUCUGGCCUGUUUUCCACUAUUCAUCGAAUCAACGCUCGAAGAAAUUUUGGCUUGUCAAACUAAUUGCAAUCGGAGGUCAUGGUCAAGGAGAUUUUCACUCGGUCCCGCUAAUUUUGUUCAACAGCGGUGCUUUGGUGGCUUUCUCUCAAGUCACCGAAAGCUGUUUAUCCAUCGUUUAUAUUUUCCUGACAUACUUCGCGUCUCAAUCUGUGGAGUUCGCAGAAAAUACUUCAACUAGGCCUUGGGCAUGUGCGAUCGCCCUGUUCCAAUUCUAUUCUUGUUGGUUUAUGGCCUGGACUUUACUCUACACAAGGAUCUGCGCUCGCAAUCCUUACAUUGAUCCAAUUGGAAAUAAGAAGAGAUCUCGCAGAGUUUUCCACCCUCUAUCCUUGAACGCUUUCUUUUGCAGCAUACCUGUUAUCGUUACAGUCGUGUCCGGCAUAAUGAUCUACGAACUGGCGAACAGCUCAAGCAAUUUAUCAACGGAAUGGAAUUCUUUGAAUGGAAUCUUGAAAGCCGGUUCAUUUGCGUGGGAAUCACUCCACAAUUCUGCAACAAGUGUUUCCCCAAGUGAUGCUUUGAGAUUUCAAAUGAAUAUUACGACAGAUAAUUUAAAAAGUUUCGUUGAAGGUAUCGAGGUUUCCCUUCGCCUAAAAGACAACGUGUUUAUGGACCAGCUAGAAUCAUUGCUUUGGGUUAUUGCACUUUCUGGCACUUGUUUGGUUUACCUAUUUUCUUACUGGACUCUAUUGCGGUUAAUCUCGGGUGGCAUCCACAAAUUCAAGCGGAGAGUUGAGAUCGGGUUAAUUUCAACCAGGAUGAACAACAGUGGUACAUCUAUUGCUCGGACUCCAGCACAAGUCGAUGUCCAUGAACCACUAACAAGUACAACGUCCCUCGGGAGUAAAAUCGAGGUUUCCCCGGAACAGGCCUCGAUUAGAAGAGGGUUUGGUCAGCUAUAA